GGGAGAGGUCAGGAGCGCUAGUUUUCCUGCACGUGGAAGUCUCCGUUAUUUUCCCGCUCCGAGUCGUAGGGGAUGAGCAGAGUUCAUUUAGUGGAGUUUAUCCCUCAGGAGAUGUGAGCUGGGCGUGCUCUUGCCCGCACGCCUUCCCCCGGCCGUCGGGACUUGGUUCGCUCCGACCCAGAGCCCUCUCCCGGCCGGCGGGGGCUGCAGCCUGCGCGCCACUUUUUCGCUGCUGGGAACUGCGACGUAGGGCCGCCCGGAAGCGGGGUCGCGUCAGCGCGCCUGCGCGGCGGGAAGCCCGGGGAAGCGAUCCCAGCCGCCGGCGCGGCCAGCCCAGAACUUCGCGGUUACCUUAGGGACACACAGACGGACCGGGGCUAGCUGCUGUGUCUGGGGGCGUGUCUGUGCGUUGCACCGCCCUCCCUCGCUCCCCUAAGUCUCUCUGAUCGCUCUUGUUUUCCAGAGCGCCGCUUCUCUUUCCCGUGCGGGCUACGCCUCCAUCCCACCUCGGAUAAUGGCGACAGCUGAGGUACUGAACAUUGGGAAAAAACUCUAUGAAGGUAAGACAAAAGAAGUCUAUGAGUUGUUAGAUAAUCCAGGAAGAGUCCUCCUGCAGUCCAAGGACCAGAUUACAGCAGGAAAUGCAGCUAGAAAGAACCACCUGGAAGGCAAAGCCGCCAUCUCCAACAAGAUCACCAGCUGCAUUUUUCAGUUGUUACAGGAUGCCGGUAUCAAAACUGCUUUCACCAGGAAAUAUGGAGACACUGCUUUCAUUGCACCGCAAUGUGAAAUGAUUCCAAUUGAAUGGGUGUGCCGAAGAAUAGCAACUGGAUCUUUUCUCAAAAGGAAUCCUGGUGUAAAGGAGGGGUAUAAGUUUUACCCACCAAAAGUGGAGAUGUUCUUCAAGGAUGAUGCCAAUAAUGACCCACAGUGGUCUGAAGAGCAGCUCAUUGCUGCUAAGUUUUGCUUUGCUGGACUUGUUAUAGGCCAGACUGAAGUGGACAUCAUGAGUCAUGCUACACAAGCUAUUUUUGAAAUACUGGAGAAGUCUUGGCUGCCCCAGAACUGUACACUGGUUGAUAUGAAGAUUGAAUUUGGUGUUGAUGUAACCACCAAAGAGAUUGUUCUUGCUGACGUUAUUGAUAAUGAUUCCUGGCGACUCUGGCCAUCAGGAGAUCGGAGCCAGCAGAAAGACAAACAGUCUUACCGUGACCUCAAGGAGGUCACUCCGGAAGGACUCCAGAUGGUAAAGAAAAACUUUGAGUGGGUUGCAGAUCGAGUGGAGUUGCUUCUGAAGUCUGACAGUCAGUGCAGGGUUGUAGUGCUGAUGGGUUCAACUUCGGACCUUGGGCACUGUGAGAAAAUUAAGAAGGCUUGUGGGAAUUUUGGGAUUCCAUGUGAACUUCGAGUAACAUCUGCCCAUAAAGGACCAGAUGAAACUUUAAGGAUUAAAGCAGAAUAUGAAGGGGAUGGCAUACCUACUGUAUUUGUGGCAGUGGCAGGCAGGAGCAAUGGUUUGGGCCCAGUGAUGUCUGGUAACACUGCAUAUCCAGUUAUCAGCUGUCCCCCCAUCACACCAGACUGGGGUGCUCAGGAUGUCUGGUCAUCUCUUCGAUUGCCGAGUGGUCUUGGCUGUUCAACUAUACUUUCUCCAGAAGGAUCUGCCCAGUUUGCUGCUCAGAUAUUUGGGUUAAACAACCAUUUGGUGUGGGCCAAACUUCGAGCCAGCAUAUUGAACACAUGGAUAUCUUUAAAGCAAGCUGACAAGAAAAUCAGAGAAUGCAAUUUGUAAAAGUAAUCUAAUUUUUAGGAGGAAAGUUAGACAUUCCUAGUUUGAAUUAAAAAGAAAAGAAUUCAAGCAAAAUGAUUUUACAUCAGAAAACAAUUCAAUUUACUAGUGAGCAAACAAUCCUAGACUAUGGGUUGGCAGAUUGUCAGUGAGUAUUUGUGACUAAUAUUUUCUAGCUCUGAAUAGUGAGUGACACGUCCCUGUAACCUCAUUACACCAGAGGUUGAAGCAGAAGAUCUAUAUGUUGAGAUCCUAUUAAAAAAAAACAAAACUAUAGUUAGUAAAACUGGCAUGACACUGUUAAGUUAUAUGCCACCUACUAUGUAGUCAUUGCUGGGUAGUUGUGUAACCUUAGCAGAGGAGUGUCAUGGAGCUGGAGCUGUGGCUGUCUUGCAGAGGACCUGAGUUGGUUCCCAGCAUCCGUGUUGAAUGCCUCACAGUUACCUAUAACUUCUAAUUAUGAUUUCUAAAUGCUAAUAAUGACUUUUUGUAAAUCAGAAGUUGCUACUCGAUCUUCCUCAGUUCAUGAUUUGAAAAUUAAAAUAUUUGUAUUGUUUAUGCUAAUAACAAUAUAGUCUUCUCACUGCAUGGUCUGUACUUUGUAGGUCAUUAUCUAAGAAAGUACACAGCUACAGGAGUCUCCAGCUAAGUUUGUGCUUUCUUGGGUUUGUUUUUACAAUGGUGAAAACCCUAGGGCCUUACUCAUGGUUUGCUUCGGCUUUUGUUUUGUUUUUGAAGUGAUUGAGAGCAGGGGUAGAAGAAGCGCAUUGAACGGAAGUGGUGCAGAGGGCUCUUUCCUGAGGUUUGGACAGUUCCCCAUGGAAAAAGGCAGUCACCUUGCCAUGCCAAUAAAAGAUGAGUAAAUACUGCUUAGCUGUUUAGCUAGGUUUGGUAGGUGCCUCUGUGGGUCAUAAACUUUUAUUUUCUGUAAAAUGUUUUAGCCACACCUGUGGUCACCCUACUACCAACUGCCUUUGUCAGAACUGGAUCUCCAAUUUGUAAUCAGGGAGUGGGUGAGCUAGUUGGUUGUUUGGCUAGUGUAUAAUCUGGACAGUGGCCCUAGCCAGAUUCACUUCUGUAACCUCCUUCAUUACAGAGAAGACACAUUUUGUCUUUCAUGAAGCUUAGCUAUAGAUUCCAUCAGUGUUUUCCCCAUCCUUUGCCAUAUUCAUCACAUGCAUGUUUGGGGAAGUGACCUAAUACACUGAGCCAGUUCGGUCUUGUGUUUACUUCUCUCUUCUGCUCUGCUGGCUUCUCUACCUUAAGGACUCUCAAUAGUGGUGAACAUAUAUUUACUAUGCCAAGCUUGAAGUUUUGUGCUACCUUUCAGUGCCAACUACCACACCAGCAAGUUUGCUACAAAUAUACAAAAUCUAGGAAGGGUAGGAUUAUAGAUUAUAGAGCAUUCUUUAUAUGAAUGGACUCAUUUUGCUCUCGCUAAACAGCAGGGAAAUCUUUAUUGUAGUUUAUCUUAAACCCAUAAUUCAGUGUUUGGAAGUCACUGCACUACAUUGUACAGCACUGAUUUCCUAUGGGUCUACUCUCAAUCUGAGCAGCCAUGAGUUUGCACGUCAGUUCACAUGUCCCGAUUUAGGAGACAGGAGUUUGGGCUUGCAGAGAAGCUGCCACAGAUAAAAUGGCUACAAACCCACUCCAGUCUGUAUGUCUGACCUCUCACCUACUCAGAUGCUACCUACCUCUUGUGAUCUACUUGCUUGGUCCCUGUAGGGUGCGACUAACCACUCCUUCAGCUAGACAUCAAGAGAGUUAAACUUCCUGACCUUUUCACAGCCUUUUCUUAGGUAUUGGAGCUUCUACUGUAAAGUUCUUUCUUAGCAUUGUUAGGUGAACUCAACACUUUAAGCUAAAGCUAGGGUGUACUGCUAAACUGUGUAUGUUUAACCAUUUGUUUCUGCCUGUCCGUCCCAUGGGCACCAUCAUAAAAACCAUAGUGCCUGUAACUUUGGGCUGCUACAUUCACUGUCUGCCAAGUUAGAAACUUGAUUUCAUCCUUGAUCUUUAACCUUUCACAACCUUAUUUGCCAAGUCUUGUCCAUUUUAACUUCUGACUAGGCUUUGAAUUGACACUGUCCUAUCUUCUAUACAAAUGAAGAGUUUAAGAUUGAACAUUGACCUGAUGCCACCCCAUUCUCCACUGAGCCUUUGAUUACCCUAAGACUAAUGCAGUCUUCUCAUUUUGCAGCAUAGAUUCUGAAAAGGUUUGGCUCUUUAUUUA